AAAGGUUAUGAUUUAACUAUUGUUAUUGGAAGAUUGCUUUGUCGGUUUGUCUCCACGGGAAGAAAAUAUAAGUAGAAGCAUACAUGAGAAGAGCAUGAAAGGGGUGUGAAAUCAGUUUGAAUGAUUUUCCCCCAUAAACAGCCAAGUUCCUAGUUUCUUGAGAUCAGAAAAUUUGGAUUUAAAGAAAAAAUAUGGGUUCAUAAGGCAAAAAUGAGGUUCGCUGGAAGUGCAUGGCCCUGACUUCGGCUCCUCGUUAGCUGUUUUUAAGAAAGAACUCAAAGUUAAGCUUCCACCUCAGUUAUUGUGAUUUUCCGUACAACAAACUCUCUGCCGUAACCAUCCACAUCCAGAAAGGGUGCCCAAAGCUUUGGGGGAACACCCUCUUCAGUAAGCACAACAUGGCUCCAAAAGAAGAGAAUACUGCAUGUUCAUAUCAUUGAACUGCUUAGCAGCCUAGUCCUUACUGAACAGGUAAAGAACCACUUCUGCGUCUAGUCUGCUUCUCGAAAAGAUUCUAGUUUGGGUAAAAGACUCACUAUUCAAGCUUCAGACAGGUAAAGAACCACCUGUACAUCUUCAGUUCAGUUCAAGUUUCCAGCUUUAUCUUGUAGCUCCACAUCUCUAGCCAGAGUUAGGAUAAGAGAGAGAUAAGGAAGAGAAGCAUGGACGAGAAAAUUGAUAAUGAUAAGACCGAUGAUAUCAUGUUGCCGGGCUUUAGAUUUCAUCCAACAGAUGAGGAGCUUGUUGGGUUCUACCUAAAGAGGAAGAUUCAGCGGCGACCUCUUCCCAUCGAGCUGAUUAAGCAAGUGGAUAUCUACAAAUAUGAUCCAUGGGAUCUUCCUAAGGUGGCAUCAACAGGGGAAAAAGAGUGGUACUUCUACUGCCCAAGAGACCGUAAAUACAGGAACAGUGCACGGCCAAACCGUGUCACAGGAGCUGGUUUCUGGAAGGCAACUGGAACAGACAGGCCAAUUUACUCCUCUGAUGGGACCAAGUGUAUUGGUUUGAAGAAAUCACUAGUGUUCUACAGGGGCAGAGCUGCAAAAGGAAUCAAAACUGACUGGAUGAUGCAUGAGUUUCGACUACCUUCUGUCUUGGACCCAGCAUCAACUAAGAAGAUAUUGGACAAAAACCUUCCCACAAAUGAUUCAUGGGCAAUUUGUAGGAUAUUCAAGAAAACCAACUCUAUGGCACAGAGAGCCCUUUCUCAUUCAUGGUUAUCUCCACUAUCUGGUAUUAAAGCACCCAGUAUAUUCAUCCAAGGUGCAACCUCUACUCAUUUCGGCUCAGAGAUCAUGUCUUGCACAACUGAAACUGGACCAGCCAUCCACUUAUGCUGUAAUAAUGACUUACAGCAGGCCUCGACUGCCACCUUUUCUCCUUUAGAUAUCCCCUCAUACAACAAGCACAUGAAUCACAUAGUUUGCAGAACAUCUCCUUUUUCCGUUCCAAAUGGAGAUAUUCCCACUGGCUUCAUGUUUUCACCUCUCGAAAUGUCGGGACCAUCCAACAAGAAUACAAUUGAUGUUGGUUCCGUGCUUUCAGCUCUAUCUCCUUCCCUAAUCGGGGAAGUUACCAAGGCCUCAGAGAGUAUUGACUUUGAAGGGCCACAACAGCAGUUCAAUGGUUAUUCACCACAAGAUAUCCAAGAAAGAAUAGGCACUAGAGAAGAAGAUGGCAUGGGUUUGAGGAAAGAUCCAAAUGCAGUGCCAACCUAUAAUCAGUGGGGAAGCAUCCGAGCAAUCGGAUUUCCUUUCAGUUUGCCUUCAGAUCUACCUGAUACGUGGAACCCUGAUUUGACAUGGGAUUCACCUCCCUGUCCCAGUGAGAUGUCAACUAAUUAUUCCCCAAAUAAUAUUAUACUCGAUUAAAUCUAUAUAUAGGGUACAUCUCACGCAGGAUUCAACGAGUAGGGGCUUGCAUCAGGAAUAUAUUCUAUUUACUGUACAGUUUUCCUAUAUUACAAGCACAACACAUAUUGAUGUAAUGUUUUACCUCCUAUCCUUCCUUCCUUCCUCCAUUGUCUUUUGUACUCUUUCUUGUUUUCUACUCAUUAUCCUUUCUGUAUCUGCUAAUAGAAACAAGGUCCAAGUAGAUUGGAACAGGGAUUUUGGAGGUAAAAAUCACAAAAUUGUUGUUGAAGUUCAAUGCUAAAUUAGUGGUACUGGCCUAUAGUGUAAGCAAGAAUAAAUAAUAGUACAGU